AGGCCACAUCAAUCCGUCACUCCUAUUCGCGAUGCGCCUUCUGCGCUCCGGCUCUUGCGUGACCUUUGCCACUUCAAGGUCUGCCCUCCGCCAGAUGCGUGAGUCCAAAGAAACUUUCGAUGACUUGUCCUACGCGGCAUUCUCAGAUGGAUACGAUGACGGAUUCGACAUAGGAAAGAACGAUAUUCAGCAGUUCAUGGAUGAGCUCAAGAGACAAGGGCCUCAGACUUUAGGAGAGCUUAUCGGGAACUGCCUGACAGAAGGGCGAGAAUUCACGCACUUGUUCUACACGACGCUCAUCCCGUGGGCUGCAGAUGUGGCGAGUUCCUUUAGGUUGCGUUCUACGCUCAUCUGGACACAGCCUGCAACCGUGUUGGACAUCUACUACUAUUACUUCAAUGGUUACGGAGACGUCAUCAGCGAUGCAGGGAUCAACUCUUCAUCCCCGAUUGUGCUGCCAGGACUUCCGCCUCUUACAGGCUGCGAUGUCCCUUCCUUCUUCUCCCCCGAGAACCAUUACAGUUACUUUCUGCCUUUGAUGAAGCGCCAGUUCGAGAUACUCAAUGAGCAGGGCAAUAGUCAUAAAGUGCUUGUGAAUACAUUUGACGCAUUAGAAUAAGGGCCUCUACGAGUCACUCGUAAG